AUGGACACCCGAUUCUUCUCUUUUCUCAUCCUCACUCUCUUCCUCCUCUCCUUUCUCCCAACGCCUUCUUUUUGUUCUAGAUCUUUGGCCACAACUGUUCGCUGCAACAAAAACGACUACACAGCACUGAUGAAGAUCAAAGCAGCACUUAACAACCCAUACCACUUAGCUUCAUGGGUUGCCAACACCGAUUGCUGUGAUUGGUACGACGUCGAAUGCGAUUCCAACACUAAUCGUAUCAUCCAGCUUACCAUCUUCCAAGCAAACAUCUCUGGCCAAAUCCCUGACGCUGUCGGUGACCUUCCAUACCUCAACACCCUCGUUUUCCGACACAUUACUAACCUCACCGGAACCAUUCCUUCCACCAUCACAAACCUCAAAUACCUCACAAUGGUCCGCCUCAGUUAUACCAAUCUCUCCGGUUCAAUCCCUCCCUUCCUAAGCAAACUCACCAACCUCGACUACCUUGACCUCUCUUUUAACCAAUUCACCGGUUCCAUCCCUUCCUCCCUUUCCUCCCUCCCCAAUUUAACAGUUCUCCACCUCGAUCGAAACAGUCUCACCGGAACAAUCCCCAAAUCAUUCGGGAAUUUCAAACAGUCUUUAAACCUCUACCUCUCUCACAACCAGAUCUCCGGUGAGAUUCCCACAACGUUAGGGAAAGUGGAUUUCGUCACGAUCGAUUUAGGUCGGAACAAGCUUCAAGGUGACGCUUCGAUGUUGUUCAAGGCAAAUGGGUCGACGACUCAGACGAUUGAUCUGUCGAGGAACAUGUUUGCCUUUAAUCUAUCAAAGGUGGAAUUCGCUACGAACUUGCAGUAUUUGGACAUUUCACACAACAAGAUCUAUGGGAGUAUACCAGAGGCGAUAACUGGAUUGGAUUUGCAGUACUUGAAUGUGAGUUAUAAUCAGUUGUGUGGGAAAAUCCCUCAAGGUGGGAAAGUUCAGAAUUUCGAUUCCUACUCUUUCUACCAUAACAAGUGCCUCUGUGGUUCACCUCUCGCCGCUUGUACAUAAGGUUGUGUCGAACAACCCAC